AUGGAGUGCCUACAGAUAUCAUUUCAGAUCGUGAUUCGAGGUUCCUAUCCAACUUAUGGCAAAGUUAUGAGAACUAAGUUAUUGAUGAGUACAACUUUUCACCCAACUUUUCACCCUGCAACUAAUAGUCAGAAUGAAAGGACCAUACAGACCUUGGAGGACAUGUUGAGAGCAUGUGUAUUGGAGUAUCAAGGUUCAUGGGAAGAUCACUUAGACUUAAUUGAGUUUUCAUAUAAUGAUAGUCAUCACGUAAGCAUUGGAAUGGCCCCAUUUGAGGCCCCGUAUGGAAGGAAAUCAAGUGAAGUUGAUCCAGGAGAAAAUCAAAGCAGCCAAGAUAGACUGAAAAGUAAUGCUGAUGAGAAGCGCAGAGAUGUAGAGUUCCAAGUAGGAGAGAGGGUGUUGCUGAAAAUAUCUCCUAUAAAGGGGAUUCGCAAGUAUGUUCCUGAUGUUGCAUAUGUGCUAGAACCGGAGGCAAUUGAGCUAGAUGAGAGUUUAACCUAUGAAGAAAGACCGAGGAGAAUUUUAGAUAGUAAAGUAAGAAACACCAGAAACAAGGAUGUGAAGAUAAUCAAGGUUUUAUGGUCAAACCAUGAGGUUGAGGAAGCAACUUGGGAGGCUGAGGCAGAAAAGCGUAAAAAGUACCUUAAUCUUUUCAUGGUGAGUGGUUAA